GUUUGUACUGGGUAGUUGUCAGGAAGGGAAGGAAAAAACUGGGAGAGCUAUUGGGUUAAAUCAUGGCUAGAAGCCACAUUUCUUUGCUGUAGAGCUACUUUGGAAUGAGUGUGUUCACUCACUCUGUCUCUCACACUUUUCUUUAUUGAGGUGCAGUUCAGCUGAGAUUGAAUUCCCCUUUGGCUGUUCAUAAACUGUGAAAGAGAAGAAUGCAGAAGACUCCCUUGCCCAUUUGUACAUGAGUGAUAAGAGCACAAGAUCCUUACUACAGGUUUGCUGCAAAGAUGAGUUCAGAGGAGAAGAUUCUAUCUCCAGCUCACAAAACGUCGACUCCAUCACAUAGAAGUGCCUCCUCUUCAUCAUCAUCUCAGAGGGAUAGGAGGCAGAGUGUUCAUAUUUUGGAGCGGAAGGCUUCUUCAGGAAGCACAGACCCUUCCUUCAGCAAGCAGUUCCUUGAAAGUGACCCUAUAUCGCUAUCCAAGGAACCUGACAGCUGGGAAAUCAUAGAGGGUCUGAAAAUUGGCCAGACCAAUGUCCAGAAGCCAGACAAGCAUGAAGGUUUCAUGCUGAAAAAGAGAAAAUGGCCUCUAAAAGGUUGGCACAAGAGGUUUUUUGUCCUGGAUAAUGGAAUGUUGAAAUAUUCAAAGUCACCAAUUGAUAUACAGAAAGGUAAAGUCCAUGGGAGCAUUGAUGUUGGUUUAUCAGUUAUGUCUAUAAAAAAGAAGGCUCGUAGAAUAGAUCUUGACACAGAGGAACACAUCUACCAUCUGAAGGUGAAGUCCCAGGAUUCAUUUGAUGCAUGGGUUUCAAAAUUGCGCCACCACCGGCUGUACCGUCAGAAUGAGAUUGUGAGAUCUCCGAGAGAUGCCAGCUUUCAUAUCUUCCCUUCAGCCUCUACUACAGAGUCUUCGCCAGCUGCUAAUGUGUCAGAAGGAAAGGUGCAACAGAAUAGCUUACCCUGGCAGUCUCCUAUACCUUGCAGUAACAGCCUUCCUGCCACCUGCACUACUGGUCAGAGUAAAGUAGCAGCCUGGUUGCAGGACUCUGAAGAGAUGGACAGAUGUGCAGAAGAUCUUGCUCAUUGUCAGUCAAACCUUGUGGAACUCAGUAAACUUCUUCAAAAUUUAGAAAUACUGCAGAGAACUCAGUCAGCCCCAAAUUUCACAGACAUGCAGGCUAACUGUGUAGAUAUUUCAAAGAAAGACAAGCGGGUCACAAGACGAUGGAGAACAAAAAGUGUCAGCAAAGAUGCAAAAAUUCAACUUCAGGAAGGGCCAGCACCGAAGGGCCAGUUCAGCUCAACACGUCGCCGGCAGAGACUAGCAGCUGCAGUGGCUACAACAGUCCCUUUCAGUGCUACAAUGUCACCUGUUAGACUGCAUUCAUCCAAUCCAAACCUUUGCGCAGACAUCGAGUUUCAGACUCCCCCAAGCCAUGUUACAGAUCCUCUGGAGUGCUCUACUGAGUACAUGAAACUUCAAGAAGAAUUCUGCCUGAUGGCACAAAAAGUGCAUUCUCUUUUGAAGUCUGCCUUUAACAGCAUAGCUAUAGAGAAGGAGAAACUUAAGCAGAUUGUUUCAGAGCAGGACCUUGCAGGCCACAAUGCUCAAGUAGCACACCUCAGACAGUCACUCUCUCAGGCUCUCAACCAGAAUGCUGAACUAAGGAGUCGCUUGAACAGAAUACAUUCAGAAUCUGUUAUUUGUGAUCAGGUUGUCAGUGUAAAUAUUAUCCCUAGUCCUGAUGAGACAGGUGAACAAAUUCAUGUCAGUUUGCCACUGUCUCAGCAAGUUUCUAAUGAGAGCAGGCUCUCUAUGUCCGAAUCUGUUUCAGAGUUCUUUGAUGCACAGGAAGUACUUCUAUCUGCCAGCUCAUCAGAAAAUGAGGCUUCUGAUGAUGAAUCUUAUAUCAGUGAUGUGAGUGAUAAUAUCUCUGAGGACAACACCAGUGUUGCAGACAACAUUUCUCGGCAAAUUCUUAAUGGUGAGCUAACAGGAGGUGCAUUCAGGAAUGGCCGGAGAACUUGUCUUCCAGCCCCCAGCCCUGACACCAGUAAUAUCAAUCUGUGGAAUAUUUUGAGAAAUAACAUUGGUAAAGAUCUUUCCAAAGUAUCCAUGCCAGUUGAGCUAAAUGAACCUCUGAAUACGUUGCAACAUCUUUGUGAAGAGCUGGAGUACAGCGAGCUCUUGGACAAGGCUGCUGAAACAGAUGAUCCUUAUGAACGCAUGGUUCUCAUAGCUGCUUUUGCAGCAUCAGGCUAUGCCUCUACGUACUUUAGAGCAGGAAGCAAGCCAUUUAACCCAGUGCUUGGUGAAACUUAUGAAUGUAUUAGAGAAGACAAAGGAUUUCGGUUUUUCUCAGAGCAGGUUAGCCACCAUCCUCCCAUUUCAGCUUGUCACUGUGAAUCGAAGAACUUUGUGUUUUGGCAAGAUAUCAGGUGGAAAAAUAAAUUCUGGGGGAAAUCAAUGGAAAUUCUUCCAGUUGGAACCUUGAAUGUGACACUUCCAAAGUAUGGAGACUACUACGUCUGGAAUAAAGUCACUACUUGCAUACAUAACAUUCUAAGUGGAAGGAGGUGGAUAGAACACUAUGGAGAGAUAACUAUCAGAAACACGAAAAGCAGUGUCUGUAUUUGUAAACUCACAUUUGUCAAGGUGAACUACUGGAAUUCCAAUGUAAAUGAGGUCCAGGGUAUUGUGAUGGAUCAAGAAGGAAAGGUGGUUCAUCGCCUUUUUGGGAAGUGGCAUGAAGGCAUUUAUUGUGGGGUUGCACCUUCAGCCAAAUGCAUCUGGAGGCCAGGCUCCAUGCCAACCAAUUAUGAACGUUAUUACGGCUUCACGAGGUUUGCUAUCGAGCUCAAUGAGUUAGAUCCUUUACUGAAAGAUCUUCUUCCUUCAACAGAUGCACGAUUCAGACCAGAUCAAAGGCUUCUGGAGGAAGGAAAUAUAGAAGCAGCAGCAUCUGAGAAACAAAGAAUAGAGGAGCUCCAGAGAAGUCGGAGGCGGUACAUGGAGGAAAAUGGCAUUGAAUAUGUGCCCAAAUUUUUUAAAAAAGUUAUUGAUGCUAAUCAAAGAGAAGCCUGGGUUACCAAUGACACCUACUGGGAGCUACGGAAGGAUCCUGGCUUUAGUAAAGUAGAUAUUCCCGUACUCUGGUAAACUGAGAAUGUAGAUCUAGUAAACAUAUCACUCUGAAGAAGAAGAAUUACUAUGCACAAUAUGUUUCUUAUAGCUAAGCGUGGUUUGUGGGUCUACAGAAAAACCUAUCAUUUGCAUUUAUAUUCAUCUUUAUAACAGACUUUUGAAAGUGCAUUAGACCAGGCCCCUGACCACUUCUGGAUCUUUAUAAUUUUGCAGCAGCCAUUAAAAAAAAAAAUUUAAAAAGAAAUAAAAUUGAAGAAGAAGAAAGAAACAGAAGCCUUUUAAAGUUUCAUACUCUGAAAAUUCAGACCUAAGAAGCAAAUGAGUUAUCCAAAGUUGCUUGGAAGAGGUGGUAAAUGCAAAACUGCAAACGGUGCUUUAAACAGACGUUAAGAGUAACGUGAUUUAAAUUAAAGGGAAAAAAAAAAAGAAGAAAAAGAGAAAAAAAAUCCAUUUUGUUUCAACUAUUUUUGUUAAAAACUCUUUGGUCACAACACUGUCAUUUCUGGCUUCAGGUUAGCCCUUUGGUGUGAUGUGCUUGGGCUGACCUUUGUCAAAAAGAUGUACUUUCCCGAAAGCUGUUCCCACUCAUAUGCCAUUGUUCAUGCCUUAAACAAAAUAUGAAGAUGUACAGUAAGUAAUUUUAAAAUAUGUAUGCUUAGACUUCUGUGAAGGGCAGAUUUUUAAAGCACUAGAAAACUUGCAUUAUUUAAAAUCAAAAGACAACCAAACAUCUAACUGUAUUUCAGAGGAUUGAGAUCUACUGUACAUGCUUUAGCUUUGGGAAGCUGACUGUAUAAUUGGACUGAAAAGAAAUUGCUACCUGGUUGAAUUUGAGUCAAUUUUGGUAAAUGCAUAUGGAAGUUGAUAUUCUAAAUGACCGAUGCUGAGAUGCAACAACCUCUCUUACCACUGGCUGGGUGUGAAUCUUGUUUCCUCUAAACUGGUUAUUCAGUUAGAAUUCCCCGAAGCUUUGCAACAGUGUUAAAGCACAGGAGGAUUAAUGGGAAGGACUCUGGGUAGUACUGUAAAUGCAACUAUUUUCUGCCACACACAUUGUUCACUUUACUGGCUCUGUUUUUUCCCCGUCCGCUUUUCCUUAUCUAAAUUUAUAUUUGUGAGUACAGCAGAGGCUCCCACGCAUUAUACCUAACAACUACUACUUGUGUUGCCAAAACAGCUCUUUUGUGCAGAAUUACAUUUUACAGCUUUUCAUAAAGUGAUUCUAUAUUUUUUGAUUAAGAACCAAGUCUCUUACAUGUUGCUAAGCUUCCGUUACUAUGUGUUGCACUUUCUCUUUGAAGAUCUCUGAAACAUUAAAAGAGUAGGAGGGCAGAUUUUGAUAAAAGGAAAUGAAGUAAUUUUGUUAGGUAAAAACUGCAUUCCAUGUGAUAUGAUUUGGUCUUCCAUUUAUGCAUGCAUUAUACAUCCAGGCACUUAUGAUAGGUUAGAUUCCAUGCAUAUACACUGUAUUUCUUUUUACACAUACACAGCAUACAUAGUGCACUUGAAUUUUUACAUCUAAGAUUAAUUCUGUUACCAAGACCUAACAGAGAUUAUCAAAUAGGUGAGGGAUGCUGCCAGCAGAGCUGCUGAACAGUUCUCAGUAGACUACCACACGUAUCCAGUUCUCCCCCUGCUUCUUCCCUUUUGCAGAGUCAAGUCCCUACAAAACAGAGAUGACAUUAUUUAAUAUGCAUUUAGGUCUCCCCCUGGCUUGUGUGGCAAAGCAACUGCCAGAGGAAGUAGCUACUAAGGAAUUACAAAUUCUUCACACAGGUCUGUUACCAGGAAGAACUACAAAUACCUAAAAGAAAUAUUAACUACAUUUUUAUUAAAAAUUGUGAAUGCUCAAGAAUUGCUUAGGACUAUUUGGUAUUAAAAAAUCUGUGUUGCUUAUAAACAUUUGGUUCAAAUUAAUAGGAUUUCUUCCAAGGAAAACUUUCAGUUACUCAAACAAUGAUAUCUUUUUAUUGUCUAUCUGAACCUAGCCUGAUACUUUAUUUUUUAGUUCUAAAAGUAUUAUUAUGAAAAAAAUAUAUGAAGGUUUGGGUUCUUUAAUGAUAUUUGUUUAACUACAUCAUACUUGUGUUAAUGGCAUUGCACUAUGAAUCAAAGAGCCACCUGGUGUGCAAAAUAGCAAUUAACUAUUAUGUCACUUUCCUUAAAAAUAAUACUACUAAAAAUUUGCCCACUUCAUGCUCCAGUUUUUGUGUACAGUUCGCCAUGUUACUGGAAACCAUUAUGUGUAUGUGACUGCAAGUGCUUUUGAGGGAUAAAAACUGUCCUCAAAUUUAUAUGAAAGCCAUUUUAAAAUUUAAAUACAGAAAUAAAGUUUUCAGCUUUACAGUA